CGCGCCUGCUCUCCGUGGGACGGUGGGUGGCGGUGUGGUGGGGGGUGGCUGCCCGACGGACCGACGACAGCCCAUCGGCAGAAACAACCACCAUGUGAGGAAGAAGUCACCUUCAUCAAGAGGGGGACACGGAAAGCCAACUCGAGAGGGUAGCAGACACCUGUACCAUGCCGGCGAGCGAUGGCCCGAGCCGCUUCCCGGUCUUCGUGGCGCCGCGCCACGGCAACCACCAGAGGUCUCCGGGUUACGUCCCCGGGCGAGUGGCUCCGGUCCGCUCGCCGCCGCCCACCAAAGCGCCGCCGCCUCCGCCCGUGAAACCUCGCGGCCCCCCGCCCGUGAAACCUCGCGGCCCCCCGCCGACGCGGCGAGCCGCCUUCAACCUGUCGGAGGAGAACCAGCGCAGGGAGCGGGCGCAGCGCCUCCGGCAAAGGAAGAACACGCUGAUCUGUUUCGGAGUGUCGACCGGGGCGUUCCUCCUCACCCUCAUCCUCGUCUUCAGCCUCUCCGUCGGAGACGUGUUAGACGAGAAUUGUCCGGACCACAAUCCGUCACUGAGUAGCUGGAAGCCGGGUCACCAACCAGACACGGCUGUCACUGUCAGGAGGGGACAUCUGCUUCGCCUGGAUGCUUCCGCCACCUUCCAGACACUAACCAUCCAGUCAGGAGGUCGAGUAGUUUUCGCAGACAAUGCCGACGGCUCCAAAAACAUAACCGUGAGAACUCGUCACAUCCUGAUAGAAGACGGGGGAGCCCUUCACAUCGGCGCUCCCAAAUGUCGCUACCGCUCUCGCGCCACCAUCGUCCUGGUGGGCCGCUCGGACGACGAGGCGUACCCCGAAGCGCCCGGCAUGGGCCGCAAGUUCAUCGGGGUCACGCGGGGCGGCACCCUGGAGCUCCACGGCACAGAGACAGUCUCCUGGUCGCUGCUCACCCGAAACGUCCCGGCGUCCGGCCUGACCGCGGGCGAUUACGCCUUCCAGCGGAACUUCAGCAGAGGCAUCAACCUGCGCGUCGUGGACCAGGACACGGCGGAGAUGCUGUUCUCCGAGCGCUACGACACGCACGAGUCUCGCAACGACAGCCGCCGGCUCACCCGGCUGCUGCGCGCGCUGCCGGCGGGCCGCAUCGUCACGCUGGCCGUCGGAGACUCUGCCGUCAAAAGCCUCCUGGAGGAAACCAAGAAGGCCAUCGAAGAAAAGCUCGGCAGCAGAUUUGUCUACGAUCUCAAAUACAGAGAGGCGUGGGCGUUGGUCUCCGUCGUGGGCGGCGGGAACGCGUCCUGCUCGGAGGACGUCAGGGAACACGAGAACCACGAGACGGGAGGAAGGGCUGUGGCCCGACAGAACUUCACCACCGUGGACGGAGUGGGCUUCUCGGUCACCGCCUACAGCGAGUGGAAGAACGGUUUCCCCAUAUCUGGCUUCCAGGUAGACGCUGUGGACCAGGUGGUGCUGAACCUGCAGGACAAAGUGCAGCAGACCUGGCAACCCGGGGAUCAGAUUGUCGUUGCCAGCACAGACUACUCCAUGCACCAGGCUGAAGAGUUUACCUUGCUGCCCUGCUCUGACUGCCACAGCACGCAGGUCCGGAUACAAGGGAAGCCUCAGUUCAGCCACGUGGGAGAGGUCGUCGACGGGGUCGACAUGCGGGCCGAGGUGGCGCUGCUCUCCAGGAACAUUCUCAUCUACGGAGAAAUGGAAAACUCCUGCUACGGAAACAACGUGUGCCAGUUCUACAACCACGACACCUUCGGGGGCCACAUUAAGAUCCUUGCUAACUUCUCGUCGGUGCAUCUGUCCCACGUGGAGCUGAAGAACAUGGGCCAACAGGCGGAGCGAGGCCACUACCCCCUCCACUUCCACAUGUGCGGGGAUGUGGACCAGAAGGGAGACUACAGGGAGCCCACCUACGUGGACGGACUCUCCAUACACCACUCCUUCUCCCGCUGCCUCACCAUCCACGCCACCAACGGCCUGCUGGUGAAGAACACCAUCGGCUACGACACGUUGGGUCACUGUUUCUUCCUGGAGGACGGGAUCGAGCAGCGCAACACUUUCUACCACAACCUGGGCUUGCUGACUCGACCCGGGACUCUGCUGCCCACCGACCGCAACGACACCCUGUGCACCAGCAUCAGGGACAACGUCUACAGCGGCUACACUCCCUCGCCCAGCACCGAGUGCAAAGCAGUGUCAACAUUCUGGAUUUCCAACCCCAACAACAAUCUCAUCAGCAAUGCAGCUGCUGGUUCUCAGGAUGCUGGCAUAUGGUUUGUGUUCCACAGCGCUUCCACCGGAAGCUCUCAUGGGCUGGUACCAGAGACCAAAGCAGAGCUCACUCCCCUGGGGAUAUUUUACAACAACCGCGUCCACUCCAACUUUAAGGCUGGGCUGUUCAUUGAUAAAGGAGUGAAGACCACGAAUGCUAGUGCUGCAGACCCCCGGGAAUACCUGUGUCUGGAGAACGGUGCCAGAUUCCGACCUCACCAGGAUGCCGACCCUAGCCGUCCGCGGGUGGCGGCGGUCAUCGACACUCUGAUCUCCUUCAAGAACAACGACUUGGGAGCGUGGAUCCGGGGGGGCGAUAUCGUCAUCAAGGACUCUGGGUUUGCAGACAAUGGUGUUGGACUGUCUUUCGCCAGUGAUGGCAGCUACCCUAAGGAUGAAGGGUCCAGCCAGGAGGUCACGCGGUCUCUGUUCGUGGGUGAAAGCCGAAACCGAGGAACCAACGGAGGGCAGAAUAAAUACUGGGGCUUAGGAGGUGCUGAUGCUAAGAUGAGGACACUACCGAGAAACAGGACUUUCCCAAUCCGAGGUUUCCAGAUCUACGACGGUCCGGUGCGGCUGACUCAGAGUACGUUCCGGGGAUUCAUCCCCACGCCGGAGCGUUAUACCAGCGCAGUUGGAUUCAACUUGAAGAACACCUGGCAGCUCACCCCACAAAAUAAUCUGUCCCAGCUCAACUUUCACUCCACUGUGGGUCUGCGGACGUUCUUCGGCCGCCCGGGUCAGUGGUUCGAAGAGAACGACCUGGACGGAGACAAAAACUCCAUCUUCCACGACGUGGACGGGUCGGUGACGGGUUACACGGACGCCUACGUCGGCCGAGCAGACAACUACCUGAUCCAACACCCGGGCUGUGUGUCUAAGGACCAGUGGAGUGGAGUGAUAUGCAGCGGCCGCUACUCCCAGGUGUACAUCCAGACCCAGGGAUCCUCCAGCCUCCGGUUAUCCAUCAGCAGAGACGAAUACCCCGCUGCUCCUCUGGUGCUGAGAGGUAUCAGCAGCCAGGGGGCGCUGUCUCAGCAGUACCAGCCCAUCCUGAUGAUGAGCAAGAGCUACACGAUGCACUGGAGCGGGCCUGCACCCAGAGAGCUGGUCCUCUCGCUCAUCAACUUCGACAAGGAUGACUGGGUGCUGGUGGGACUCUGUUACCCAUCAGACACCAUGUUUCAGAUUAUGGCCGACAUCAACGACAGACAAAGCAACACCUUUGAUGACCUCACAGAUUACGGCACCGCGGUCUCCCUCGUGGAGUUGGAGAAGAGGCCGAUGGAGAGGAAGUACUACUUUGACCAAACUGCUGGGUUGUUGUGGCUCUACCUUCGGGCCCGGCAUGGCCGCGAUGGGCACAGCUACUGUUCGGCAAAAGGCUGUGAAAGAGUGAAAGUGAUGGCCACCACGUCCUCUAAGCAGACCUGUAACUGUACAUCCAAGGCCUACCCCAAGUACCACAAGCCCCCCUCAGCAGUGGUCCCUAUGCCGGCCCUCAAUACUCAACCAUGCAAAGGAUGUGGUGCCAAACAGCUUGUGUUUUCCAGUGAGCCGUGGACCUCCUACCUCCAGACGCAGGUCAAGUCUCUCAGCAGCAAAGAGCAGCAGAAAGGAGACAACAGCUCCUUCAUUACUGUGAAUGAGGUGACCAUGCCCUUCUCACAGCCCGGGUACUUCCUGGUCUCGGUGGACGCCUGCUCUGGGAAAGUCACCAAGAAAACCUCAUUUGCCAAGAUGGACGCCAAGAUGGAACAGUACCUGAAAACUGGAAUACCAAAUAGGUCCAUCGUGCUCAUGGCCACACGAGGUCAACCAGAGGGCCUGGUUGCUGUCGCACCAUAUCUGGUCUCCUUUGGUAUGACCAAGGCUGCAGAUCUGCACAGUAAAGAAAGUCUGGCACUUUGGGGCUUCCAGGGCCGUUCCUCACCCCCUCCGUGGGUCUCGCUACAAGCCGGGCAGGGGGACGAGUUCCUGGGCCUGCAGGAGCGGUAUGUGCCUCUGGGGUUGGAGGCGUACGGCUGCACGCCACCCGCAGCUCAGAGGCGCAAAGACCUGGAGCUCCUCAGAGUCGCCACGGGCCGACAGUGACCGUCGUGAACUCUAGAACUUGACUACCAGAACACUCUUGCACACAGAUCCACACACACAACCAGCUGAUGAAUGUGAACUGCUGAACCUUUUAAUUUAUUAACAAUGGCAAUGGUGUUUACCAAUUUCAAAUGGAGAGAUGGUAUUUUAUUUUGAAUGGGGCGAUUAUUUCUGUGAAUAUUCUCGUUGUUCUGUGUGUGUGUGUGUAAGUCGGCCGUGGGCCAUUCAGUCGAUGCACUUUCCUUUUUUAAAGACACAACUUGCCUUAUCAGUCAAAAUGAUCUAAUGGAGCUUUAUAAUAACUCGGUUGUUUAUCAUGGAACGGAAAAAAACAAAAAACCCAAAGCAACUUUUAACUUUCAACCACCAAAUCGUAUUAUUUAUUAUGUAGUAAAUGAAAACCAAUUUAAUUGGAUUGAAUCUUAAAAUUGAGCACAAUCCAUUUGAUACACACAAGCCAAAAGGAAAUUAGGAAAAUAAAUUGCAUUGUGCCUGAAAUGAGAAAAUUAAACUAGCUCAGGUCAAAGGAAAAUAAUGAAAAUACAUGCAAGAAUCACAAAUUGACAUUUUGAAUGGACAAAAAUGCCAUUAAAUAGAUAAAUUACUACCAUGUAGGCCAUUACUCUUCCUUUCUCCCAAUCCUCACACAUUUUUUUAGCUUUUUAGUUGAUGUCUAACAGCUGAACCUUUAACUGGAAAACCUCUGAUCUUCGUGCAGCUCUGAAACGCGACUAAGACUUUAGGCACCUUUUUGAUGGAUUCCUACAUGGACUCACUGGAUUAUUUUUAUCGCUUCUCAAUGAUGGUUUCUCAAGUGUUGUUCACAGGUGCAGCACAAAUAUAAAUAUAUAUUACAUUUCUGUCUUUGUGUUCUCAAAUGGAAUUGAAUGUUUGGCCUUUUUUCCGUCUGCCUCACUCACUUCCCGUUUGCAUUGUUGCUGAACCCGUGUUCAGCAAAGGUGCCUUUUUAAAGUCAGUCGGCCGGCUGUUUUCAGAUCAUAUAGCAGCUGUACGGUAUACAGGUGUAUAAAGUGUGUAAUCUUUGAACGCUUUGGAUGUGAGCAGGGCUCCCCCACUGAGCGACGCCGCCUAUCUGACUGAGUCUGAUCAUGUGACACGGAGAGAUCCUCUGGAGGUCAACGACCCCGCUGCCUUAACCACUCUGCUGUUAAACAGAGAGCGAAGGCUUCAGCCCUCGCCUUUUGCUCAACAGUCGCACAACCUGAGAGUUAAUGAUUUUAAUUUGAGCUUUGUAUAUAUGGUGUUGAAUGUUAUAACUCAAACUGUAUAUGGAAUGGAAACGUCAACCUGUUGUGAAUAGUGUCUGUCUUUACGGUGGGUUUUUUAUUUUGUCAAUUUCUAAGUCGUUUUCAAAAAUGUAAGCCGAUUCUUUCGAUGUGUAAACUCAGCAUUUGUCUAUAAAAUUGCCAAUUAAAUAAACAUUUAUACUUUGUGAUGAA